GUUCCGCAGUUAGUGUUUCCCGUUGGGGGUUUAAGGACAAGAAAAAAAAAAACAGGAAGGUCGCGAAUCUUGCUUUUCCCAGCCAAAAAGGACAGUCUAGCAGACGGGCAGACGGACAACACGUCUCAAAAUCCGCCGACAGACAUGAAGUCUCUGCUGACACUGUCAGUGUUUUUGGUGCUCAUAAAGGAAGACAAUGGACAGAAACCAGUAGUGUCUCUCCAGCCGAGAUUCCCGCAGGUGUAUGUUGGAGACGACGUCACACUCAUCUGUAAAGGAGGAAGAAACCCAACAAAAUGGGUUAUUAAUGGAAUAGAACAACCCCAUCAGAAUUAUGUCAUGCUUCUUACCACAGUGACACCACACAACAAUGGGCAAUAUGAAUGUGAGCAGAACGGAGAGAAGAGUGAUCCGGUCACCCUCACUGUACUGGCGCUGGAGGCUCUUGCUCAGCUCUCCCCGUCUGUAGGAGGCUCUGUGAUAACCAAAGGAGAAGGAAGAAACCUGGUGCUGAAGGUGGACGAUGCUGAAGAACUCAACAACUGGAAGUGUUUUGCUUUUCGUGGCGAGAGCGAAUUCAAAUUUGAUGGAAUCGAUGUUAAUAAGAAGAUGAAGAGGGCUGUUAUCUUUGCAGAACUCAGAGAUGCAGAAAGAGCCACUUUCUGGUGCAUGAAUAAAAACGCAACACAUCGAAGCAAUGCUGUGACACUGAAGAUGACCGAUAAACUGGUGAUGUUGGAGCCUCCGGCCGCUCCAGCGCUGCUGGGGGAUUCUGUUGCUCUCAGGUGUGUGGCCUGGGGUGCAGAGAAAGUGGAAAAGGCAACUUUCUAUAGGAAUCAAACAAAAAUCGACAGCAUCAAUGCAGAUACAUACACCAUUAUUGCCAAACAAGAAGAUACCGGCAUGUACUACUGCCACGCCACCUUCAGGUACAGUCACAUCGAUCCAGCAGCUGCAGAGAAGGAGGGAGAUUCUGACGCCCAGUACAUCAAAGUUAUAGAUGGACCUCCUGCUGCAAAUAUUUCAGCAUCUGGGAACACUCUAAAGUGUUUCUGUCCUAAAUGUUCCGAUAACUGCACGUCCUACUACUGGUAUUACACACCAUCUAAUGACAUGUACAGCCGCAGCAGACUGCCUGAAUACAGGAAAACCAUAAAGGCUAGUAAAGAAGGACUGUACUGCUGCCGGAUGAACUGUGGAAAAGGUUUCUCCCGUUUCAGCCAACUUUACAGCCACAGAGGACAAUCUGAGUCUGUAAAUGUGUGGCCUGUCAUCCUGGGUCUACUUCUGUUGGUUCUUGUGUUGUUGAUCGCGGCGCUGGUUGCGGUGAAGCGCAGAAGACAGGGGGAAAGCAGCAUUCAAGCAGCCAAAGAUAAAGACAAAGGUGGAGAUGCUGCGGUUUUAUUACACUCUGGGUGAGAGCGCAGGCAAGGACAAGACUGAAAAAGCCACAGGAGGAGGCGGUGUACCACACAUUCUUCAAUUUCUUUUGUGUUCAACAGAAAUAACUUGAGGUUCUAACGCUUGAUUUACAUUUUGAGCAAAUUAUUAUAUAUGAUAAGAUGAUCUUUAGAAAUCCUUGCGUAUGCUAUAGCUAUACAGCUAGUGCAGGUUAAUAUAGUCACUUCUCUCAGUUUUUUUAAUUCUCUCAUUCUCGUUUGCUUGUCCUCAUGUAGUCCCAGAUGUGUACGAUUAUAUUAAACAAGACAAAAGAUUUAUCCAGAAACAAUCCCUCCUAUUGUUUUAAUCUGUUCAUUUAUAUGACAAUAAAUCAACUCAUUGAGAUCUGAUUCCACUUAAUCCACACCCAUUCCUGAAAGAAAACAACAUUUUAUCAUAGAAUAUUUUGCUUUCCUGGUGUAAAUGUGUUUUAUUUCUUCUAUCAUAACUUAACUCAAGCUACAUUGAAGGUGGUGAAGAAAAAAAUAACACACUUUACCUUCCUGGUAAUGCAAAUAAAUUAAGUGUAUAUAUUACAUAAAUAUAAAUAAAUCCAUAUUAUAAAUUAAAUAAAAAGUCUAUAUUUUAAAUAAUUGAAACUAGCCUGCUACACAACAUUGUAUUUGCAUAUCCACACACACACGGUCACAAAUCAGACACGGUUUCUUCGUGUAAUAUUUCAGAUCCAUUCUACGUGUAACGAGACAGAAUUAGACUGAAAUCUGAAUGCAUUUGCUUAUAUGGCAAUAAACAGCACAUCAACUAAAUAUAUUCAUUUUAACCAAGCUUUUUACUGUUAUACUGGUUUGGUUUAAUAUUAUAAACGUUAUAUUUCUCAGCUACACGCAUUUGUACUAUUAUUUGCAAUAUUUUUAAUCAUCAGUAUGCAAUCUUAAUUCUGUGUCAUGCAUAUUAUUGUAAGUAUUUAGUUUUUAUGAAGCAUUUUAUCCUCACUAUGAUAAGCAAUGCAUUUUGUGCUUGUUAAAUUGUGGAUGUAUAUCAAAUCGUC